CUGGAAUAUGGAGGCCCAACACACACAGCAUUGUGUUAUGUUAAGCCAGUGCUAAGUGCCACUGAAAUUGACAGUGUGUUCAAGAUUAGGUCAUUUAGAGUUCCCUGGGUCUCCAACAUGAGGAUGAUCAUGGAGGCUGAAAAAGCUUCAUAGUAAAUUGUGUACAAAAUUAAUGACAUGACCUCAACGGCUAUUGAGGGCAGGCAGGCUUUGGCUAAAAGGAGAUCCAAGUAGGAUCUGAUUCCUAUUGGAAUGUAUGUCAAAGUGCUUGGCAUCCUGCAGUCCUCCGAGGGAACCAGAUGAGUCAAGAUCUUGAGCAUCUGCAUCCUGGAAAAUGUGAACAAGCUGUCCACACACCUGGAGAUUGUAGAUGGCCAUUCAUUGCUGUAUCAAAGCCGUGCAGGCACAGCCACAGAACGCCCGGUGUCUGCUCUUAACUUCAUCCCUGUGGAGGUUCUGCAUCUGAUUGGAGAGUAUCCUCACCAGGUGGGAAAGGCUAUCACCUAGAUUCGAACAGAGCUCCUUGGAGUUACAGAUGAUGCCAUCACACAAGUCAUCCGGCAUCUGAGUAGGAAGGGACACGUAUAUCCCAGCCUGGAUCGCCAGCACCUACAAGUUUCUGGCUGAGAAAAAAGAACUGACUGUAGUUUCGGAGGAUGCUUCUGUUCUGCUGUUUUGAUAAUUAGGAUGUAUCGACUAUUUCAAACAAAAAAGAAAAAAAAAAAACCUUAAAGAACAAAAACCAAACCAAAACUGAACAUAAUUUUCAGAUGACAUCUGUUAGCAACAUGCUAUUUCUACCUCCAUUGAACUUGUGUGUUUUCUGAAGAUAUUUGAAGAAACAGUGAUGGAACCAAUGACUGGGCUUUGUUUCCAAAACAAUAGGAAUGCCCUAGGGUGGAUUUGUAAGAGAAAACAAAUUUGUGCUCAAAUUAGAAUUUUAUUUUCCUGUUUCAGUUUAUCUUAGUCAUGUUAAGUUUUCCUAAUUAUAGUACAUGAUAAGUGUAGCUUUACUGAAAAUGAGUUCUGAUUUUAAAUAUUCACUUCAAGUUAUUUUGAGUAAUUUAGUUUUAUUAACAUUGAUUUGUUUCUUUAAAAUAAGAUGCUACUGUAGAUUGAGGCAAUUCAGUCUCUUUGAGACAUCUUCAUAUACUUUUUUUAAACGUGUAAGUUCAGUGGUUUUGCUCCUUCAGCUAAAUUACAGUUCACUUUCCUUGCAUGGUGUAUGGACACAAGACUGCAUGUUUGUUGUACUGCUGUGUUACCUACACUAUUGGAUGGUCUACCAGAUGUAAAAUAGGGUGUUUUGCUUCAAACUAGGCAUAUUGUUCCACUAACAAGACGUGAACAGAGAUGAACUGUAAUGUUUUUAUUAAACCUUUGCAAAAUUUCAAGUUUCCUUUGAUUUUUAUCCCUCAAAUUUAUUAGAAAAAGCUACUAGUUUAAUGUUCUUAAUGGUUAUCAGAUUUUAUUAUGAGGUGUAAAUUUUUUUAUUUUUAACACCAAGCAUUAUAUUUUACUAGUAGUAACUCAUUUUAAUUUGGUUAUAUUAAAUGUGAGAGGCUUUUAAGCCAUUGAUCAUUAAUUCCUCCAUUACACAUAUAGUAAAAAUGGUGUAUUUCAAAUUAUUUGCUUAGCUAAAUUAGAAGAAAGAAUAUAGUUAUUCUAGGAAUAGAUAUGUGUGCCUAUUUGUAUUCAGACAGGUAGAAAAGAAUCUUUAUCCUUUUCAAUCAUUAAAAGGGGACACAAACCCUAUAAAAUCCUUUUGCUGAUUAGCCAUCAGUAAUGGUUUUAGAAUAACAAUCAGAAAAUGUUGGCAUCUCAUUAAAAUAAUUACUAAAAAAUCUUGCAUAAGACCUUGUGAGUCAAUGCUUCUUCCCCUUUAAAGCAAAUUAUAAAUGCUUUAAAUUUUUUUAGUUUAUUUUAUUACCUUUUAAACAAUUCUUUAUUUUAUACAUCUAAGCACCUUGUAUAUGCUUGAUGGUCUUGGGGAUCAUUAGAGAGCAUCUUAUUCCCUGGCUGCAGUGACAGAGGGUUGUGAACCACUAUUGGGUGCUAGGCUCUCUAAGGUAUCUCAUCCCUUUGACCCUUUGCUGUUUUCUUAUUGACAAAAGUAAGCGGAGUUCAGAAGAAUUAUUUGUACGGGCUUUUCAUUAGCUCUUGCUCCAGUGUGUGGAAAUGAGAAAGAAGCCUUCCCAGGAACUGAUUGGAACAGUAGAGGGACUCCUGUUGUGUGGUGAGCAGAACUGUCAGCAUACCAUUGAACACUGACCUCCUCCAUGGGCUCUUAAGCAACUCCAUAUUCCAACUGACUUGAUUGACAUUAUUAUUCCUGGGGGGAGAAGGCCGUUACAUUAAUGAAUGACACAGGAAGUAUCAUAUUCAUUGUGAUCAAGAAUCAUGAACAGAUAACGAAAUAGUUUUCUUAUGUUGUAAGCAUAAUUUAUUAUUAUUUUAGCGAAUUAGAAGGAAAUUAGGUCAUUCUAUGUACUAAUUUUAUCCAUGGUGCUUAGUGCCUACCUGAGUAAGUUAUACCUGAGGUUGGUUUGCAUUCUGUGUGGUAGUGGGCUUGUCCUUGGGGAAUUCCCAUGGUGAUCACUACAAUGAUUCCCUGUGCUCCUUUUUUUUUUUUUUGGCCCAGAAAUCCCUUUAGUAGAUCUUUCAUCUCUGACAUCUUGGAGCAAUCUAGCAGCUUCAUAUUGCUGGUUCUCCCUAUCAGAUAUUUUUGAAAAAAAUAUAGUUUUUAAUAUAGAAGAAAUUCUGCAUUACUUCUUUCUAAAACCAUUACCUUUCCUAGUGAAAAUCACACUGGAGGAAAGGCAAUUAAGGACCUGCUUUCCAUAGGUUCGUGGUGCUGAAAGAAAUGAUGUUGAAGAUAAAUCAUUACAUUGUUAUAACACCUAAUAUAAAUGCAGAAACCUGGAGCUAUGGAUUUGCUAUUUAUGACUGUAGCUGUAAGUCACUCUUGUAAUUGUUGGAUCUGAUUCAGUUGGCUAGUGACAGGCUCUAAUUUUUUUCUUCCUAGUCUGGUACUAUUAUCUACAGAAAUAUGGCUCCCCCCACCAACACUCAACCUUCACCCUAAAGUUCUUUUCAUUUUGGAUGCUAACCUGAUAUUUUGUCUGGGAACUAAUGUUAUAAUAUGUACCCUUCAAUAAGGCAGCUAGCUAACCUUUCUCUUAAAUGUUGAGGGCUCUGCCUUCCCAUAUGUAUUCCUUAAGAUUCUUUUAGUUUUUUGUUUCAUGUAACAUUUUCAAAGGUAAUUUUCAACUGCCCAGCUACAAAGUGCAUAUUAUUUCAAUUUUGUUUAUAGUGGUAAUGGUUUUUCCAAUGUUCCUUUUCCUUAGUGGUCCUGUUUAUGAACCAAAACUGUAGGGAUAAGCUAUAUAUUUUGAGAUGAUAUCUUCAACUGUUAGCCAUUGUAAUAAAGAAGUCUAGGAACAGGAGGGAGGCUGAGAUGAUAGGCCAUUAGCCAUGUUAAGAUAGUACCAGAACCUUGGUAGUUUGUCAUAAGCCUCAGUUAACUCAGGUGCAGCAAUUUAUGGGAAAAUCAGUCUUUGGUUCAAAUAUUGGCAUUGACUCUCCAGUAAUAGAUUAUUUGUGUUUACUACAUGUUUUUUUUGUUGUCCAGUUCAGAUUUUAUUAGAGAAUCUCUUGUUUCUAUUUGUUAUUAUUUUGGCAAAGCCUUUCAUACCUGGCUACCAUAUCUAGCUUCUCAGCAAAAGUACUUGUCAUGCUAGGGGCAUCCAUCGCUAAUCAAAUUAGAAAUUUAUUGUCUAGAAAGGAAGCAGCAGAAAGUAUGGGCCACAGUUAAUUGUUCUAGCUCUACCUCCUGAGAGUGUGGCUUUGGGUUCUGCUUCUGCAAAUGUGGUGAGCUUUUUAGGUACCAAUCAGCACACUGACUUGAAAGUUAGUGCAUGGAAAAUGCCAUCAGGUAUAAGAUACCAUUGAUUUAUCAUACACAUUUAGUAUAUAUGUUUCUUGUAGCAUGCAAUUCAUACAAGUCUUGUUAUUACAAGUUGUGACCAUGUAAACAAGGGAGCACAGUACUAACAUGGAGUGUAUGCCAGAUACUAUACAAAUGCAUAUUUUGUAAUAAGAGAAGAAAGAGGAAACACCAUACCCUCAUAUUAGGAUAAGGUACAUCUAUGAAACUGUCUUUCCUUAGCAAUAAGCUAUUGUUUAAAUUUCAUUAAAAGACUAUUUUUGAGGUUAGAGAGAUAGUUUAAAGGUUAAGUACAUUGGCUGCUCUUCUAGAGUACCCACGUUUAAUUAUAGCUCUCACAUGGUAGCUCCCAACCAUCUGUGUAUCUCCAGUCCUGGAAGAUCCAAUUCCCUCUUCUGCCUUUCUCCGAUACCACAUGCACAUGGUAUGUAGACAUACACACAGAACGAACAUACAUCCACACCAAAAAUAAAUUAAAAACCAAACAUUGUUCCUGUUUAAAUAAAUGCUCUCAGCUUACUUUUAAAAAUAAAACAAAAUUCAUGGUGAAUAAAGCACAGUAACCACAAUAACCACAAAUGAAAGAAAUGCAGGUUAUUGUUACUUUUAUCUGAGAUUCAUAAUUUCUGUUCCAAGAAAAAAACUGAUAUAGAAGGUAGUAGAAGGAAACAAGUCUAUUCCAGGUGAAGCCUGAGCAAAUGCAGAUAGAACCUCUCCUUUUUAGAUCUCCCAUCUUGGAGAAAUAAGACAGUAUAAAGGAAUUUUAUGGCCAUAGUAUAUGAUAGUGAGACAUUAGUUGGACAAUUCAGAGUGUGGGCAGAGUCCUUAUGUUCAGAUAGCCUGUCUGGUUUCUUUUGUUUGUUUGUUUGUUUGUUUGUUUGCUUUUGUUUUUUUGUUGUUGUUUUUUGUUUGCUUUUAUUUAAUGUUUUUUUUUUAAGUUGUUCACUUUACAUCCCACUCACUGCCUUCCUUCUGGUCACCCCCUCCCACAAUCCUUCCCCAUCCCCCUUCCCCUUCUCCUCUGGUCUGGUGGGACCCCUUCAGUAUCCUCCUCAAUCCAACUUGGCACUUUACGUCUCUGAUAGGCUAGGAGCUUCCUCUCCCACUGAGAUCAGACAAAGCAGCCCAGCUAGAAAAACAUAUCCCAGGUAUAGGCAACAGCUUUUGGGAAUAGUCCCUGUUCCAGUUGUUGGAAACCCACAUGAAGACCAAGCUGCACAUCUGCUACAUAUGAGCAGGGGAGUCUAGGUCCAGCCAGUGUAUUGGUUGGUGAUUCAGUCUCGGAAAGUCUCAAGGGUUUAGGUUAUUUGACUCUGUGGGUCUUCGUAUGGAGUUACUAUCCCCUUUGGGGCUGCAAUCCUUUCUCCUUGUCUUCCAUGAGAUUCCCUGAGCUCCAACUACUGUUUGGCUGUGGGUGUCUGUAUCUGUCUGAGUCUGAUGUUGGGUGGAGCCUCUCAAAGAACAACAUACUCCUGUCCCUUUCUUGAUCUUGAUCAGAUUUAUAUCUUAAAUCCUAAAGCAGCAUCUACAUUUUCUCUUAAGAAAACCAUCUUUCAUAAUAACUGGACAGGGUGAAACCUUAUGGACAAUGCCAUUUGAAAUGGACAAAUUCAAAAGAUUCAGGAAAGGAUAGCCAUCAAAAGUAAAUACAACACGAUGGCAAAGACUGGAAGAUAGUCUUAAAUAAAAGUCUCCUAUUUAUCAAUACAUAUCAAUUUUUCUUCUUAAUAUUAUGAAUACAUUUAUUGUUAUGAAUUACUUUUAUAUUUACAGGCUAAAUAUGGUUUCUGCCUACCCUUUAACUUUAGUAAUAUGAUAAAUCUAUGUAGUACUAAAGAUAUCAGGUAAUGUUGUCCCCCAUUUAGAACCAACAGUAAAGAUUUUACUGUUUUUAAGUUGAGUGUAUAGACAUGCUAUAGGAAAUAGUUCUUUCACAUUCUGAACAGUUUCUACAUUAAAGAAGUCUAAUUGUAUUCCUUUGAGGUGUCAGUAUUCACUCUAUAGUAUACCAUAGAAUACACUUUUUACUUCAACCAGGGCAAAACCAUCUUAAACAAGGCAACUUUGCUCUCUAGUUCCUUCUACUUUAAAAGGCUUAGUCUUCCUUUCUGAAUCUAACAAAUAAGCAAACAAGCCAGCACAACAAACAACAAAUUAAUCUCCCUAGUGGAUAGAAACAAAUAUGUAAAUGAAAUCAGUGAAGCAACAACAAAAAGGAAACCAGUGUAAAAGUAAACCAAGGACCAUAAUAAAGUAUGUGAAUUAAGUUAUAUACAUAGAAUAAAUAGUACAUACAAAGAUAAAUCAAUUUGAGUACAGUUUAUUAUGUAGCCAUUAAACAUCCCCUGAAAUUAGGGAUCACUGGGUGUCAUUCUUUUAAUCUCUUAUGGCUUUUAUAGCAUCACUACAAACUGAGUUGUUUAAAAGAGUAAAAAUUUCAUCUCGCACAGUCAAAGAAGACAGUGGUUUCAUUGAGCUUCCUCCAAGACCCCAGAGAAGGCUCUUUCUUGUCUGGUCCAGCUCCUAGAUUUCCUUGGUUUGUGGCAGCCUAAGUCCAGCCUUUGCUUCUGAAUCCACAUGGUUUCUUUAUAUUAGACUACUUGUCUAUCUUUUAUGAGGACAUUUUAAUUGGAGUUAGGGGCUGAUCUGAUCCUGUAGAAAUGUUACUGUAAUGCCUAUUUUAUAACUAGAAACAUACUGUUUUCAAUUAAAGUUCUAUUCUGAAUUUGUUAGUAGAUAAUGUUCAGUCUACCAUUAUUAUGCAAAGGGACAUUAACCUUAAAUUUUUGAAACAUCAAAAUAAAAGCUCAGUUAAUUCUAGGAAAUAGCAUUAAAUAUGUCAUUAAAACUGGAAGGAAAAUAUAAAAUUUUGUUGUUUUAGCCUCCUUUAUGAAAGUGCACUUUGCUGGAUUUGUUUUUUCUUAUUUAAAAAACAAAACCAAAAAAACCCUUCAUUUUAUAGUUACAAAUUCUGCGAGCUAGAAUUUUAUAUGGUUGAGUUAGACUGGAAUGCUAGCCAUGAAAUUGGAUUUCUGUUCCUUAUGUUCUCACUAAGUCAGUGUCCUUGCCAUACACCUCAGUUACUCCAUAUGCAAAUGAAUUGAACACUUCCAAUAUAAAUCUCCCUAUUUGAUAUUUUCCUUUGCUUAUUUUCACGAGUCUCAGAAUUAACUUACUAUCUAGGAAUUAUUUUAUAAAGGUAGGUAAUUCUUUCUCUACAUAGUUAGAGGCAUUUUUAGCCAUUGAGUAUUUAUUUUGUUUGCUUUACCCAAGUAAAGAAUGUUUGCUUGAAUGUCUGUAUGUGCAUAGUGGGUGUGCCUCAUGCAAGUAGAGACCAAAGAGGGUGUCAGAUUCUUGGAACUAGACUUAUAUAUGAUUGUGAUCUGUAAUGCGGAUAAUGAGAAGCAAAAACCGGAUACUCUGCAAAAUAAGCAAGCAAGUGCUACCUGCUGAGCCAUCCCCCCAAACUCCAGAUUUUUUAAUGU